AUGGGUGAUGAAGGGGGUUUGUAUGAUUUCUUAAAGAUGCAGCAUCCUCCUCCUCAUCCAGAUCAUGCCAAACAACCAAAUCACUCGAGGCUCUUCUCCUGCCUCUACUGUCCUCGGAAGUUCUACACUUCUCAGGCACUCGGAGGACAUCAAAACGCCCACAAGCGUGAGAGAGCCGCCGCUCGACGUUCUUACAUCAUCACCGCCGCUGAUAAUCACCUUCCUCCACCUCCCACAACCACCUACACCUGGUUCGACCAUGCCCAACAAGCCCCCACCACCUCUCUCCCCUUCCCUCCUGCUGCCCAAAACAACAACACUCAUGCACCAGAAGACGUCGACCUUACACUCCGUUUGUAA